ACGGGCCAGGCGCGGGAGGGAGCGAAGCAUCGCCGGGCAGCGAGCGAGAUGCAGCUCCGAGGCGUCCUCCUCGUUGCCCUCGUCACCCUGCUGGCGCUCAGCUCGGCUGCCGCCGCCAAGAAAAAAGACAAAGUGAAGAAGGGCGGUCCCGUGGGCGACUGUGCCGAGUGGACCUGGGAGCCCUGCACCCCCAGCAGCAAGGAUUGCGGCGUGGGUUUCCGCGUGGGGACCUGCGGGGCGCAGACCCAGCGCCGGCGCUGCCGGGUGCCUUGCAACUGGAAGAAGGAGUUUGGAGCCGACUGCAAAUACAAGUUUGAGAACUGGGGCGCCUGCGACCCCGGCAGCGGCACCAAGGCGCGCCAGGGCACGCUGAAGAAGGCGCGCUACAAUGCGCAGUGCCAGGAGACCAUCCGCGUGACCAAGCCCUGCACCCCCAAGACCAAAGCCAAGGCCAAAGCCAAGAAGGGAAAGGGGAAGGACUAAUAAUGGCCAGGCCUGGAUGCCCGCCGCCUCCUGAUGGAAUCUACCAGUGCCUUCGGUCUGCUAUUAGCUUUAUCAAUCGCACCCAUCGAGUCCCUGCCUCCUGUCCCUCACCCCAAGUGCCCAGAGUGGGGAGAGCUAAAGGUUUGGGGGAGGGGGACUAGGGUAGCCCCCCAGGGAUUCGAUUCCCCAGACCUCCUUUGUUCUCCCCCUCUCCCUGUGUGAUGCCACUACUAAGAAACGAAUAAAAUAAACCAAACCAUGUUUUUCCCAAUAAAA